GUUGCGAAUCGUGGUACGGAGAACUUCUUCGCUGUCCUGCUCGGACUGAAACUUUCACGAGGCGAAGCCCCCUCGCGCUUUCUCAGGCAGAUUGCGAUAAGAAAAAAAAACCGGAAACAAUGGCGAAAGCACCCGCAGUCGGUAUCGAUCUUGGCACGACCUACUCCUGCGUCGGCGUCUUCCAGCACGGCAAGGUCGAGAUCAUCGCCAACGACCAGGGAAAUCGCACGACGCCCAGCUAUGUGGCCUUCACGGAGACCGAGCGUCUCAUCGGAGACGCCGCCAAAAACCAAGUCGCCAUGAACCCCAACAACACCAUUUUCGAUGCCAAGAGGCUGAUCGGUCGUCGCUUUGAGGACCCAACUGUCCAGGCCGACAUGAAACACUGGCCAUUCACCGUCGUGAACGACGGUGGCAAACCAAAGAUUCAAGUACAAUACAAAGGAGAGACAAAGACUUUCUUCCCCGAAGAGGUGAGUUCGAUGGUCCUGGUGAAGAUGAAGGAGACCGCCGAGGCGUAUCUAGGCAAGACCGUCACCAACGCUGUGAUCACCGUCCCCGCUUACUUCAACGACUCGCAACGUCAGGCAACCAAGGACGCUGGUACCAUCUCGGGCUUGAACGUGUUGCGUAUCAUUAACGAGCCCACCGCCGCCGCGAUCGCUUACGGUUUGGACAAGAAGGCGACCGGCGAGCGGAACGUCCUGAUCUUCGAUCUCGGCGGUGGCACCUUCGACGUGUCCAUCCUGACGAUCGAAGAUGGCAUCUUCGAGGUCAAGUCCACGGCCGGCGACACCCACCUGGGUGGCGAGGACUUCGACAACCGUAUGGUCAAUCAUUUCGUGCAGGAGUUCAAGCGCAAGUACAAGAAGGACCUGACCAGCAACAAGCGCGCCCUGCGCCGUCUGCGGACGGCGUGCGAGCGCGCGAAGCGCACCCUCUCCUCUUCGACGCAGGCCAGCAUCGAGAUCGACUCGCUCUACGAAGGGAUCGACUUCUACACCUCCAUCACCCGGGCGCGCUUCGAGGAGCUCUGCGCGGACCUCUUCCGCGGCACCCUCGAGCCCGUGGAGAAGUCGCUGCGCGACGCGAAGAUGGACAAGUCCCAGAUCCACGACAUCGUCCUGGUGGGUGGCAGCACGCGUAUCCCGAAGAUCCAGAAGCUCCUGCAGGACUUCUUCAACGGCAAGGAGCUGAACAAGUCCAUCAAUCCGGACGAGGCCGUGGCGUACGGCGCGGCCGUGCAGGCCGCCAUUUUGCACGGCGACAAGUCCGAGGAAGUGCAGGACUUGCUCCUCCUCGACGUCACGCCGCUCUCCCUGGGCAUCGAGACUGCGGGCGGUGUCAUGACCGCACUCAUCAAGAGGAACACCACCAUCCCGACGAAGCAGACGCAAACCUUCACCACUUACGCCGACAAUCAGCCCGGCGUGUUGAUCCAGGUCUACGAGGGCGAGCGCGCCAUGACCAAGGACAACAACCUGCUCGGCAAGUUCGAGCUGAGCGGCAUCCCGCCGGCGCCCCGCGGAGUCCCGCAGAUCGAGGUCACCUUCGACAUCGACGCGAACGGUAUCCUCAACGUGUCCGCGGUGGACAAGUCCACCGGCAAGGAGAACAAGAUCACCAUCACCAACGACAAGGGCCGGCUCAGCAAGGAGGACAUCGAGAGGAUGGUGAACGAGGCUGAGAAGUAUCGCAGCGAGGACGAGAAGCAGAAGGAGACGAUCGCCGCCAAGAACGGCCUCGAGUCUUACUGCUUCAACAUGAAGAGCACCGUCGAGGACGAGAAGCUCAAGGACAAGAUCAGCGCCACCGACAAGCAGACCAUCCUGGACAAGUGCAACGACAUCAUCAAGUGGCUGGACGCCAAUCAGCUGGCCGACAAGGAGGAGUACGAGCACAAGCAGAAAGAGCUCGAGGCCAUCUGCAACCCGAUCGUCACGAAGCUCUAUCAGGGUGCGGGCGGUAUGCCCGGUGGCAUGCCGGGCGGCUUCCCCGGAGCCGGCGGUGCCGCACCCGGCGGAGCUCCCAGCGGCGGCGGCGCCUCCGGACCCACCAUCGAAGAAGUCGAUUAAAUCGAGACGUCCGGCUUCGAUUCGCGUUCACUGCCCAUUCAUCGCCACCGAACCAACUUCUCUCUACCCUACCGUCACCGUCACCGUUCUGCAAUCGCUACGCAUUCCUUCGAUUUGGAAGUAACAUGAAGCAAUAAACACGAAUGAACGAACAUA